GUAACAAUGGUGCUGUGUCCUGUGCUUCAAUUCUGAAGCCUUAAAGUUCCAAUCUUUUCGUGCCAUGCUCUCAUUUCUGCUUCAAAAGUUUGAUACUUGAAGUACAUUGAUGCCGUUCUAGCUUCUUCUGUGCAGUGAAUAGUUGCAAACUUGAGUCUACUAAAGCUAGCUGCACUUCAUUUAUGAAUUCUUGCUUAGGAGGACAAGGAUUCUGGAGCUUCUGCUUCUCGUGUGGUGGUUUUAGCAUGGUUAGAUACUAUUUGUGGUGUUGAAGAAUGCUCUUGGGGUGUUUUUGCUUCUUACUGUAACUAAGUCCUUUAAAGUAAGGGCUCAAAACUCUUCCCUUUUUUGGAGAUUGUAAAUUGGCGCUUUCUUUUACAAGAAUUAUAGAAAGGGUGUACCUUGGAAUCUACUUUGUACUACUUGGUUGUUGGUGGUGGGUCUGAAACUCUGAAUUCUGAAAGCUAGUGGCUACCUUUUGUGUCUUAAACUUGAGUGUGAACUAUACACACAUAAGCAAAAGGUUAAAGUGUUUAUAGAAAUGAACAUGAUGAAGCUCUUUAGCCUUGUAGUAUUGUCCUUAUCUUUCUUCACAGUUAUGGGGCAACUACCUUCCCAGGACAUUUUGGCAUUGUUGGAGUUCAAGAAAGGCAUCAAGCAUGACCCUACUGGUUAUGUUCUCAAUUCAUGGAAUGAGGAAUCCAUUGACUUUGAUGGAUGCCCUUCUUCAUGGAAUGGAGUUCUUUGUAAUGCUGGUAAUGUUGCUGGAGUUGUCCUUGAUAAUCUAGGUCUCUCUGCUGAUGCUGACUUGAGUGUAUUUUCAAACCUCACAAAGCUUGUUAGGCUCUCCAUGUCCAAUAACUCGAUUUCAGGAAAACUACCUGGCAACAUUGGUGAUUUAAAAAGCCUUGAGUUUCUGGAUAUCUCCAAUAACCUCUUUUCUUCGUCGUUGCCAUCAGGAGUUGGCAGCUUAGGUAGCUUGCAGAAUCUGUCCUUGGCUGGGAAUAACUUCUCUGGCCGGAUACCUGACUCGAUUUCGGCAAUGGCUUCCCUCCAGUCUUUGGACCUGAGCCGCAACUCCUUUUCUGGAGGGCUGCCAGUAUCAUUGACUAAGCUGGCUAACUUGGUAUCUCUUAACUUGUCUCAUAAUGGCUUCACUGGGAAAAUUCCCAAAGGUUUUGAGCAGAUGUCCACUCUUGAAAACCUUGACUUGCAUGCCAAUAUGCUUGAUGGUCAUUUAGAUGUUGAAUUUAUGCUUUUAUCAAGUGCCAGCUAUGUUGAUUUCAGUGAGAAUAUGCUAGAGAGUGAUAAUUCUGAGAAGUUUCUACAACGGAUAUCUGAAAGUAUUAAGCAUCUGAAUCUAAGCCACAACCGGUUUACUGGAUCACUGGAUGGUGGAGCCGAGCUACCGGUUUUCGAAAAUGUGAAGGUGUUGGACCUCAGCUACAAUCAAUUGGAUGGAGAAUUGCCUGGAUUUGAUUUUGUUUAUGAUCUUGAGGUCCUUAAGCUUAGCAACAACCGAUUUUCAGGAUUUAUUCCUAUUGGCCUUCUAAAAGGAGACUCUUUGGUUUUAACUGAACUGGAUUUGAGUGCCAACAAUCUCACAGGGACACUGAGUAUAAUUACAUCAACUACACUGCACUAUCUUAAUCUCUCAUCGAAUGGCUUCAGUGGCGAGCUGCCCUUGCUGACUGGAAGCUGUGCUAUACUCGAUCUGUCGAAGAACAGAUUAGAAGGAAAUUUAACCAGGAUGUUGAAAUGGGGGAAUCUAGAAUUUCUUGAUCUCAGUGGAAACCGUUUGACAGGGAACAUACCUGAGGCAACUCCUCAAUUUUUGCGGUUAAAUUAUUUGAAUCUGUCCAGCAAUUCUCUUAGCAGCUCCCUUCCAAGAGUAUUAACUAAAUAUCCAAAGCUUAGAGUGCUUGAUAUUAGUUCAAACCAAAUCAAUGGACAACUUCAAGCCGAAUUGCUUGCAAUGCCAACUUUGCAAGAGCUCCAUCUUGAAAAUAAUAUGAUCACUGGUGGUGUUAGUUUCUCAUCUUCUCCUGGUCAAUCAGAUCUUCAGAUUCUUGAUCUCUCUCAUAACAAGUUUAAUGGCUAUUUUCCCGACGAGUUUUGGUCUCUAAAUGGCCUCAAAGUGCUCAAUAUUGCCGGAAAUAACUUUUCUGGUUCUCUUCCAACUGCUAUUGCUGACAUGAGUUCACUAUACUCCUUGGAUAUAUCAGAAAAUCAUUUCACUGGGCCUCUGCCAAAUAACAUCCCAAAGGAGCUCACAAACUUCAAUGCUUCACUGAAUGAUUUUUCUGGAGUUGUUCCGGAAAGUCUUAGGAAAUUCCCUAAUUCAUCUUUCUUUCCUGGGAAUUCCAAGUUACAUCUUCCUACUAGCCUUCCUGGAUCAACCACUCCACCAGCUGGAAGUUCCAAGAAGAAGUCCAUGAGCACCAUUGUUAAAGUAAUAAUCAUAGUGUCAUGUGUUGUUGCUAUCUUCAUAUUAGUCUUGCUUGCAGUCUUCAUACUCUACAUCCGUAAGUCAAGAUCUCCACCAGAAUAUGAAACAAGUAAGGAUAUCCGUGCUCGUCCACAGCCAGUCAGCUCGGCUCCGGUUCGUGCCACAGACAGGGGUGGUCCUUUGGUUGUAUCAGCCGAGGACCUUGUGACGUCCCGGAAAGAAUCACCAUCAGAGAUAAUCAGCCCGGAUGAAAAAUUGGCAGCUGUAACCGGGUUCUCCCCCUCAAAACAAAGCCACUUUUCCUGGUCACCAGAGUCAGGUGAUUCAUAUACUGCUGAAAAUCUUGCAAGACUAGAUACAAGAUCACCAGAUAGGUUGGUUGGAGAGCUGCAUUUUCUUGAUGAUACAAUAUCUUUGACACCUGAAGAGCUCUCUCGGGCCCCGGCUGAAGUUUUGGGGAGGAGCAGUCAUGGAACUUCUUACAAGGCAACUUUAGAGAAUGGCUUGUUCUUGAGAGUGAAGUGGCUAAGAGAAGGAGUGGCAAAACAGAGAAAAGAGUUUGUUAGAGAGAUAAAGAAAUUUGCAAACAUAAGGCAUCCAAAUGUUGUGGGAUUGAGAGGAUACUAUUGGGGUCCUACCCAGCACGAGAAACUCAUUCUUUCGGAUUACAUCUCUCCGGGAAGCCUUGCAAGUUUUCUUUAUGAUCGACCAGGAAGAAAAGGUCCACCAUUAACUUGGGUGCAGAGGCUCAAGAUUGCAGUUGAUGUAGCCCGUGGUUUGAACUAUCUCCAUUUCGAUCGCGCCGUCCCUCACGGGAACCUAAAAGCCACAAAUGUGUUGCUAGAUACUGGUGAUAUGAAUGCUCGUGUGGCUGAUUAUUGCCUUCACCGGCUUAUGACACAGGCUGGUACUAUUGAACAGAUUCUUGAUGCUGGUGUCUUAGGCUACCGUGCACCUGAGUUAGCUGCUUCCAAGAAGCCAAUUCCAUCCUUCAAAUCAGAUGUUUAUGCUUUUGGAGUGAUACUCUUGGAGCUUCUAACUGGAAGGUGUGCUGGUGAUGUGAUUUCUGGUGAGGAGGGAGGUGUUGAUUUGACAGAAUGGGUGAGGUUGCGUGUGUCUGAAGGUCGAGGCUCGGAUUGUUUUGAUGCUACCUUGAUGCCGGAACUGAGCAAUCCGGUUGCGGAAAAGGGAAUGAAGGAGGUCCUAGGAAUAGCUAUCAGAUGCAUCCGAUCCGUUUCGGAGAGGCCAGGCAUCAAGACUAUAUAUGAAGAGCUUUCUGCUAUAUAAGUCUUGUGAUGCUGACAUCUUGAACUUUGACAUAUUAUGGGAGUAUUAAUGUCUCAUUGGUAUCCCAUUUUUGUUCAGAGUCUUUUAGUUCUUUAACUUGUUUGUAUUAACCAUUUUUUUAGCUGUAAAAAAUGGGCUCAUAUGACAAAUAGCAUGUAUUUGCUGCUACAUGAUGGGUUAUGAAUGACCAUCUGAUUUUGUCUAGAAAAUUGGGAUUAUGCUAUGAAUGAUCAUGUUUACAAGUACUAUAUAUGUAGGCAGUGUACAAAUUGGCCCUUU